UUAUGAUACGAAUAUAAGGCCAUCGACAUGCGUAUGGAAUUUUAGGCCGAGUCCACAUGGUUGGCUUUUCCUAUUCCUUUACGUUUACCCACCUCUUUUAUAUGGAUGAUGUAUAGAUAAAAGUGUAUAUUAAAAUUAUAGCUCCUUAUUUUUCCUUUUGACGACGGAUCGAUUACGAAUUAGAACAUUUUUAUUUUUUAACGCACAUUUUCAAACCCCUAAAAGCGUAUGACGUAUACAUAUAGGUACAGAUUACUAGGUUGGGGGUAUCUGCGCAGUCAACGUAAAUAUAUCUAGGUACGCGCAUCCUCGGUCACGUGGUUAUGUAAAAAAUAUCUAUAAGUAUAGUAGGUAUUGCGUAUACGAAAGUGAACGAGCGUUGCGUCUGCGCAAUGCAUACAGCGAUACAGCAUACUGCACAUGUAAUAUAUAUAUAUAUGUAUGUAUAUGUAUAUGUAUUUACCAUUAUGAGUAUUAUUAUAUACUUCAAGAUUUAACGCAAACACGCAUGUCUGACUCGAACUAUCUUACAACCCCUUAGAACGUAAAAUGUUGUUCGUUCAUAACAUGAUAAGUGCAUCUUUUCGAGAGCAUCGCGACAAAAUUCAUGACAAAAAAUGUGCGAAUGUGCCUCUUGUUGAAACCUAAUUAAAUGCCAUGUUGCAGCAUCAGUGAAAGUAUUUAAAAAGUAUCUGCAUAUGAAUAUGCGAUCAAAUUUGCGAUUGACAAAUUUGAACAGAGAAAUCAUCUGCGAACAUGCAAAAUAUUAGGUUAUCAAAUGUGAAAUGUGUCAAGCCUGAUCCAUAGUAUGAAGCCAAGGAUUCGUUGGAUUUAUAUAUUCCUGUUGUUAUUAUUAGACAUUGGAAUAAGUAGCUCUAUACUAGAGCAAUUUACUGUAAAUAAAACUGGAUUUUGCACAGCAAAUAAUCAACAUUACACAUGCUUGCAACAAAAUGAAAAUUCUAGUUGUAAUUCAUCCACAACAAGAUCGAGUAAACUGCAAGUACAAUUUACCUCGCGAGUAGUAGAUGAUGAAUAUAUCGUGGCAUUCAAUGGAUACUAUAAACAAGAGGCUCGAGAAAAUUUUUUAAGAGCUGCUCUUGCCAAUUCAGGAAUUGAGAAUUGGGCUAUACAGUCUAGGAACAAUUUUGCCUCAAAAUAUCCCAGUGAUUUUGAUAUUGUACAUUUAAAACAAGUAGAUAAACAAAUUGGCUUGGAUGCUUUGAAAAACCAUCCUCUAGUUAAGCGAGUAACUAGUCAAAAGACUGUUCAAAGAACGCUCAAGUAUAUUGAAGAUGAUGACAAUAGUGACAUUGUUCCAGAAUAUGCAAGUUUUAAACGGAAAACCAGCAAUAAUAAAAAUCCUUUUUCGAGGCAUCCUAAACGACGUAUUUCGAGGAAAUUAUUACGAGCCAUUCCUCGACAAAUUACCACCAUACUGCAAGCAGAAACACUUUGGAAGUUGGGGGUUACUGGUCAAGGGGUCAAGGUAGCAAUAUUUGAUACUGGAUUGGCUGCAAGUCAUCCUCAUUUUAAAAAAAUCAAAGAGCGCACAAAUUGGACAAAUGAAAAAACACUUGAAGACGGCCUUGGUCAUGGCACUUUUGUAGCAGGAGUGGUUGCAUCUUCAUCAAGAGAAUGUUUAGGUUUUGCUCCUGAUGCUGAACUUUAUGUAUUUCGUGUGUUUACAAAUGCUCAGGUCUCAUACACUUCAUGGUUUUUGGAUGCGUUUAAUUAUGCAAUACUUACAAAAAUAACAGUUUUAAAUCUCAGUAUUGGAGGACCUGAUUUCAUGGACCAUCCUUUUGUAGACAAAGUAUGGGAACUCACAGCUAAUGGUGUGAUUAUGGUUUCAGCCAUUGGUAAUGACGGACCACUCUAUGGCACUUUAAAUAAUCCUGCUGAUCAAAUGGAUGUUAUUGGUGUUGGUGGAAUAAAUUGGGAAAAUCAAAUAGCCAAGUUUUCAUCUCGUGGAAUGACUACUUGGGAACUGCCUGGAGGCUAUGGAAGAGUCAAACCUGAUCUUGUUACUUAUGGAUCUGGAGUUCGUGGUUCUGCUUUAAAAAGCGGAUGCAGAACAUUAUCUGGAACUUCAGUAGCUAGUCCAGUAGUAGCUGGAGCAGUUGCAUUGCUAGCUAGCGGUUUUAUUGAUGCCGAUCAAUAUCCAAAUCUGGAUCAGAAGAUUAACCCGGCGAGUAUGAAACAAGCCUUAUUAGCAACGGCUCGCCGAUUGCCAGGUACUGGAAUGUUUGAACAAGGAGCAGGUCGCUUAGAUCUUGUAGCCGCGUUUCAUUUUUUACAAACAUAUACACCUAUGGCCUCACUUAGCCCAAGUUACAUAGACUUAACAGAAUGUCAAUAUAUGUGGCCAUACUGCACACAAGCAAUAUACUUUUCUGGAAUGCCUACAAUAGUUAAUGUGACUAUAAUUAAUGGAUUAGGUGUUUCUGGACAAGUGACUGAAUUAACAUGGCACCCAUAUACUCACAAUGGCAAUGGCGAACGCAUCGACGUUGCAUUAACACACUGUGAUAUUCUUUGGCCUUGGUCUGGGUGGUUAGCAGUAGCAAUUACUGUUCCAGAAACUGCCAAAGAUUGGCAGGGUAUAGCUCAAGGUCACAUAAGUAUAACCAUACAGUCACCCCCUAAUAAUGGUGAACAAAAAUUUCGAAGCUCCACUAUUAAGUUACCAUUAAAAGCCAAAAUAAUACCCACACCACCACGACACAAACGAAUUUUGUGGGACCAAUAUCACAACUUAAGGUAUCCUCCUGGAUAUUUUCCGCGUGACAAUUUAAAAGCUAAAAAUGAUCCUUUAGAUUGGAAUGGGGAUCAUAUUCACACAAAUUUUAAAGAUAUGUAUCAACAUCUACGUAAUGCGGGCUAUUAUCUUGAAGUUUUGGGAACACCUUUUACAUGUUUUAAUGCUCAAAACUAUGGCACCUUAUUGAUUGUUGAUGCUGAAGAAGAAUUCUUCCCUGAUGAGGUUUUAAAAAUCAAGAAAGAUGUAGAAGAAAAAGGCUUGUCAUUGGUAGUAUUUGCCGAUUGGUAUAACGUGACGGUGAUGCGGCAAGUUAAGUUUUAUGACGAAAAUACUCGACAGUGGUGGGUUCCAGAUACUGGUGGGGCGAAUGUUCCCGCUUUAAACGAUGUAUUGUAUGAAAACUGGGGUAUCGCUUUUGGCGAUAGCGUGCGGGAUGGUCAAUUUAUUUUAGGCCAACAUCCACCAGUUACUUUUGCUUCUGGUACUGUUAUUAGCCGCUUUCCCAGUGAGGGAUUUAUAAUGCAUGCAGAAUUACGGGAUCAAGGACAAGAAUUGCUUGCGGAAACGCAAGUAGGAAAUUUACAGUUUGUACCAAUCUUGGGGCUCGUGCAAAUUAGCCAUCUUGAGGAAAAUAAAAUAAAAGAAUCUCAAGGCAAUAAACAAAAAUUAAGUAAUACAGGAAGAGUUGUAGUGUAUGGAGACUCAAAUUGUAUCGACGACAGCCACUCGCACAAACCUUGCUUUUGGAUGUUGGACGCAAUUCUUGAAUACGCUACUACAGGUCGAAUACCAACGGUAUUUUUAGAAGCAGAAAAUCGAAUGAAAGGGAAAAAAAACGUAAUGGCAUUAGGCGUGUCAGAUUUACCCAAACGUAUGGAAGAUAGCCAUUUAAAUCGACACAGCAAAGUACUAGCACCUCCAGGUUCUGAUAAUCAAUACCGUAUUUUUCCGACAUGUCCAGUUUCAAAUUUAGCUACGCCAGAACCUCUAAAUGCAACAGCUCCAGUGAUUUUAUAUAAAUCGCAGAAAUUACUAUCAAUCGGAAAUUCUAUUUCAUCAGCAGUUUCAUUAUCACAAGACUCGGAUCCAGUGUGGAAACACAAACGCGGAGGUGGAAUUAAAGUUGAGCUUGAUCCACGUGAUGAUACACGCGAAGAAGAAACGAGUGACCAAAUAAAGAAUGCAUACUGGAUUGUACAUUUGGGAUAUAUUUUAGGAUUAGUAAUAUUGACUGGACUAGUUAUUCUAGCCUUCAACCGAUGGUGUUGUUGUACAACAAAUCGAUCUCGUAGAAAUAGAGUGGUUGGUAAACUUGCAAGAGUGAUACAGGCCAUUGCAAUGCGCAGAGGACCUAAUUAAUGUUUUGAUUAAGAAAUUUAAUCAAUUGUUGAUGAUUUUAUAGAGAUUAUGGGGUGUCUACAAUAUUAUAAGAAAAUAUUUUUUUACGUACAAUAACUUUUAGUACCUCUCUCUAUUGUGUGAUUUAAAUUUCAAAAUUGUUUCAUAUGUUUAUUUUAUUAAACAUGACUGCCGUUUGAAAAACUUAUUUUUUGGUGUAUAUUUCAAAAUUGUUUAAUUAAGUUGAAAGCAUGUUGUGAUUGUAAACCAUACAAUUUAAAACUAACGGAACAGCACAGUUAUUUACUAAAAAUAGCUAGAACAAAUUCUGAUAAAUACAAUAUUUAUAAUACAUGAUUGUUACAAGACUUUUGUCAUUUUUUAUAACGACUUAAACAAUUUAAAAAGGAAUUAAAUUUGUUUGGUAUGAUUGAA